UCAAAGUUAGACAAAAAUGCUCCUUCUUGUUCUCUGGAGGGAAUUUUGCCAUUCUCAAAAAGUACACAGUAAAAGCAGUUCAUAGUAUUUGUGCAACAAGUUUAUGAAGCAAUAAGUCCUAACAUUAUUCUCAUAAAUUACCCUGUUCCUCAAUCGCAAAUAAUAGAAAUGAACCACAUGCCAUCCUUUACUUUGAAAUCCAGCUUCCCAGAGUUGUUUUAUUGCAUUACCGUAAACCUGUAACUAAUCGCGCACUCGAAAUACAGGGGCGGCUGGUUUGACCACACAAAAGUGAAAGACGGCUGGCUUGACCGCAGUGACUGGGGUGUAGGACUCAAAGGACUCGGGUUAAUGGAGAGGGGAGACUCGUCACUCCCAGGAGUAGGAUCCGGGUUAAUGCUGCUGCUUAACACACAACUGACGAUGUUCAUAUGCAGGUCUCAUGAUAUAGUACCAGGAAGCGUUAACUAUGUUAGCAUGUUUGCUAUUAAUGUGGCCAUCCAGCUAUCAUCAAGAUAAUAUGUAUACGAUAUAUUAUGACUAGUGGCAGUUGAGUUUCAGUCUACAGACGGUGUUCUCUGUUGUUGAUAACUUACAGGAAGUUUUUCAUGGUGAGGCGAAAUAUCGAUCCCUCCACAAAACGACCCUCCACUCCGGUCCCAUCGGGCUGACUGUCGUUUAACAAGUUCGCUAUGCUGUUGGCAGUCUGAGAGCCAAGUCUUUGUCGCGGUUUUUUGCUGGACGCCGCCAUGAAACCAGGAUAUGGAAAUCACAAGAAAGAGGCGUCUGUUGGCCGCCAGCGUCUGUCCCGUCAGUCCACAGCAGACGGCAGCGGGGACGAGGCCCUCCAGCCCCGCAGACUGAACGGCUCCCCAGUGUUGGUGCCGAGCUACCAGAACCUGCACCGGGAGCUGAUGCUCAGCCAUAAACGGGGCCUGUUUCCUGAGGAGAGACCAGAGCUGAAGCGAGUGCUGGAGCAGCGCAGACUGGAGCUGCACAAGGAGGAGGAGCUGGCCAAACAGCGGCCCUCGGAUCUGGAGACAGAGCUCCGCAAGAGGCAGCAGAAGAUGCAAGACUAUGAGCAGGAGGAGAUCAGGCAGCGGGAGAACCAGCAGAAGAUCCCGGAGUUUGUCCGUGUUAAGGACAACCUGAGGCGGACACAGACGUGAGGCCCCGAGCCUCCCAUCAGCCCCUGAAGUAUUUCACCAUAGUGGCCCAAUUCACAUUGUCAAACAAAAUUCAACAAACAAAAGCAUCACAGGCAUCAUGUCAUUACACAUUUCUUAGAGAAUUCAAUUUAAACAUAUUAUAAUUAAUAUAAGGAUCAUGCAGAAAACAUGUUUAUUUCCAGAAAGCAAAGCCAUGUCAAGAAAAAGACAGCUUGCAGCAUUUUAACUCUAUUUUUGUCAGGGGUCUUUGUGCGACCCGUUUAACUUCGUUACAGUUCAAUUUCGGAUGAGGGAGUGAAAGUACUUAUUUUGUAUUUAUAAUUAUGUGGAUCAACAAUUGUUGAGGACCAGAAGAUGGAUAUUUGUUAUGUUUUUUUAUGGUGAUUUACCUAUUAUAUUGUUCAACUUCUCAUACUUCCUCUUGGAUUAACGUUUGUUUAGAGUACGGAUCACAUCCUUUUAAUUCCAUUUACUUUUUGUAAGGUCACUACACAAUUGUUAACAGAGACAGUUCUCAGCAGAACCGUUUUCUAUUAAUAGAAAUCCCCUACAAUGUGCAUGUUUGUGUAUCUGUUCCUGUCAUGACUUCUGGAUUUUAGUGUGUCCAUGUGCUGUGGAAAUAAAAUACU